AUAUUUGCACAAACCUACAUGGAUCAUACGUUACGGAGCUUGUCAGUUCUGUUGACAUCUCAAAUCACAGUGGUAUUCAAAGGGAGGCAAAAUGCACGGCCUAUGAGUGUGGGCUAUUUUCCACAUUUUGCUUCUCUCUUGCCCCUCCAACCAUUACCAUAAUAUGGAAAAAAAUUAUAAAGGACGAAAAUGAUUCAUAAAUUCAUUCAAAUAACACCACAUCCUUUACGAAAAUACAAAACUCCCUGCAAGAAACCGUUACAUCCACUAUCAUUUGGAAUGACCGUGUAGCAUUGCCUGUGUGCCACCAAUGGUGACGUUGUCUGCUUUUCUUGCCCUUCGCAUCCGACGUGGAAUCAAAACGGGACGCAUGGCGAGAGAGAAAAAAAAGAACACAAACCACAGCCAAGAUUGUUGAAACGCGUACAUUCGCCUCUCAUUGCGUCUUUGAAUUCUGCUUGCGCUACACCACCGCGUUACUGAAAACAUCUCAAACCCCGUAAAAGAGUCAACAAAAAAUGGAUCAAUUGACGAAAUUCUACGAACCCGGCCGCUCGUUCGCCAAGGACUCGAUCCGACUGAUCAAGCGCUGCACCAAGCCGGACCGCCGGGAGUUCCAGAAGAUUGCCAUCGCCACCGCUAUCGGAUUCUGCAUCAUGGGAUUCAUCGGUUUCUUCGUGAAACUGAUACACAUCCCGAUCAAUAACAUCAUCGUCGGAUCAUAAGCAGUGCGUGCGUGUCCGUGUGUGUGUGUGUGUGCCUGUGGCCGUUUCCUUUUUUCCCCUGUCUACGCAUCAUUUCUUCUGUCCAGGCGAGCAAAUCGGUGGCAUCGGUCCCCUCGCCUAAGAUCACAUCCCACUUCAUCGACUGAGAACCCAACCCGUUUCCAUUUUCUGUGUGUCCCACUCUCCCCCUCUUCCCCGUUGCUCUCCGAUACGAUUCCCAGCGAGCUGUCCCCACGAUACUUCACACUCAUCGAAGCCAACUGGUUCCAUCGUGGCACCUACUCGGGCAGCUGAGGAGGGCAGCCAAGGGGAGCUUCCCCGCUGCGUGCUAUUACGGACGGUCCGGGGGAGUUCACGGAACCGUUCUCCCUUGACCCCCCGUGCUCGCUGCAAUAUGAUAGUGUAAUAAUUCUGUUUUCGUGCGUUAUUAGAAGUAAUCAAACAAUUGCGACCCGCUGCGCCCAUUCAGUAGCAUGCGUCGCGUGAAUAUUUUGUGAAAACAAAUAAAUAAUUUAUUGUUUCACUGAAA